AUUAUAUAAGGCGGUUGGUCGAGUGAAGAUUGCUUGUUUGCCGCCUGCGCGAUAUUUAUAGGUUUUUCGCGCUUAGUUUGCUUUAAUAUAUGAUUUAAGACAAUUAACAUUCCAUUAUGGGUGCAUACUUAUCUGAACCUGUGACUGAAAAAGUGUCAAACGAUGAAAAAAAUGAUAUACUAGAAUGCGGUGCUAGCUCCAUGCAGGGAUGGCGUGUCAACCAAGAGGAUGCUCAUAACACCAUUUUGCAAUUUGAUGAAAACACAUCCUUUUUCGCUGUAUACGACGGUCAUGGUGGGGCAGAAGUGGCGACGUACUGCUCUCAAAAACUUCCAGACUAUAUCAAAAAUACUGAUGCAUAUAAAAAGGGAGAGCUGAUAAAAGCUUUAGAAGAUGCAUUUUUGGGAUUUGAUGCUACUAUUGCUACCAAAGAAGUUAUGGACAUAUUAAAAGAGCUUGCAGGUGAAAUAAAUCCUCCGGGACCAAGUGAUAAUGAAGAAUCUGAAGAUGAGAAUGUCAGUAAUUUGUACCAAGAGGCUCAUCUCCCAUUACAGGAAGUUUUGGCCAAGUAUGAAAAUAAGCUAAGCACACUGCACCGUGCCAGACUUGGAGAUACAGCUACACCAUUGUCGCCAUGUUUACGUGCCAAAAAAAAUGUCGAUGAAGCAGGUGGAUCAGGUUCAGGUGCAUCCAGUUCUAAUGCAGGUUUGUCAGUAGCGGCAGGAUCGAGUUCUGAACAGGCUGAAGGUGCGUCAUCCACUGAAAAUGGUGUUUCAGAAGAGAAAAACGCUGACGAUGACAUGGGUGGUGUAUCAUCUACAAACUCUAAUGAAGAGGAUAAGAACAUCAAUGGAGAGGUAUCUACAAGUGAGCCAGAAAAUAAAGAUCCUUUAAAAAAUAGAGACAAAUUAAACUCCACUGCACCUGAUAGUUCAGAAGACAAUUGCCACCAACCACCAGAGCAAAGUGCAGAUGCUAAGAACACAGCCAUUGGUAACGGUCCUGAUGUUUGCAAUGGGGAAGUUACAGAUUCUAAACAGAGCGAUAAAGAAGAAAAUAAUAUCACAUCCUCUAAUGGUUCCACCACACCUGUUAAAGUGAAAGGGAAAGACAAAGCAUCACCAGUAUCCAGUUCAGAAAAGGUGCCAGAUAGACCAAAGAAAGCUAAAUUACGGCGUGCAGCUGCCGCAGUCUACGAGACCUUGCUGCGUCAGGCGGCUGAAGAGGACGACGAGAGCGACUCCAACGACGAGACCUUCGAAGGAGGCGAGAUCAACUCGUCUGACGAGGAGAACGUGAAUGGCGUCGAUGACUCUUCUAAUGACGGUGAAGCUGAAGAAGAAGAAGAGGAAGAAGAGUAUGAGGCAGAAUCUAGCGACGAAGAUGGAGAGGAAGAUAUUUCAUUAUCUGAAGAACCUGGAAACGACAGUGGUUGCACAGCUGUAGUGGCACUUCUUAGAGGCAAUGAAUUAUAUGUUGCUAAUGCUGGUGAUUCUCGGUGUAUUAUCUGCAGAGAAGGCAAAGCUAUAGACAUGUCAAUAGACCACAAACCAGAAGAUGCUCCAGAACUCGAGAGAAUCACUAAAGCUGGUGGCAAAGUCUCCAAUGAUGGCCGAAUUAAUGGUGGUCUCAAUUUAUCACGUGCUAUUGGUGACCACUCAUAUAAACUAAACAAAGAUCUCGACGCCAAAGAGCAAAUGAUCACAGCGUUACCUGACGUGAAAACUUUAACGAUUGACCCCACAAAAGAUCAGUUUAUGGUUUUAGCUUGUGACGGAAUUUGGAAUUUCAUGUCUAGUCAAGAUGUGUGCGAUUUUAUUUUACCCAGACUGGCAGAGGGCAGAGAAAGAUUAUCUCAAAUUUGUGAAGAGAUGUUUGAUCACUGCUUAGCCCCAAGUACAAUGGGCGAUGGAACGGGUUGUGACAACAUGACUGCCAUCAUAGUACGAUUCAAAGAUGGUGUCAUCGCAGAAGCAGUUCAUCAUACGAACACUACUGACGGCGCUAAGAAACGAGCGGCAGAAGAAGAACCCAGCGUUGAUGAACAACAAGACGUAAAGAGGCAAAAGGUUGACGACCCACUAUCCAGUUCAGUGGUGACAUCUAGUGUUUAGACAUUAUUUUUUUAGACUAUAAGGACAAGCAGUGUUCAAACCACGCAUAGUAUUGUGAAACUUCUGGUGGAGACUGUUAUUUCAAUUACGAAUAAGUGGGACAUCACUUAUAUGUGGGGUUUAUUGUGUUUAGUUUCGAUACGAGGGAUUAUGUAAAACAAUGUAUUAGGUACCAAUCCCGUUUUUCUCACAUUCUGUCAGGGAUGAGUAUAUUUCAAAUAUUUGCACUGUCACAGAAUGGAUUUUGUUUUUGUCAAUAUCUAUGUUAGUCAUUAUGAAGAUCUGUAAAACAACUCAAUUAUUAGAUGAGUAGAUGUUACAAUAGCUAAUAGAAAUGCACAUAGCUUCAUGAGUCUAGAGAUUUCAAUAACAUUAGAUACAGAUUAGCGAAGUCGUAUUGUAAUAAUCAUGCAAACCAAAUAGUUAAACGUGUUAUUAUUUAUCAAUCUACUUGAAAGUUUUAAGCAUCAUGGUAUGUAAAUUGCAAGGUUUGAGGGAAAUAAACUUUGUGUAAAAAUGUUAGAUUGACAAUUUUGAUAUUGUUCUGGGUAACAAUAAAGUAAUAGUGCGUUUUAAACCGAGGCGAAUUAUUAACAUCCAUUGACAGCAGAACUGACUUGAUAGCAUAUAGUUGUAAGCAAGUAAAUGUUAGUUAUGAUCACCCUUUCGUGUCACAGACGACGAGAUGUACUGCAGAUGCUGUUCUUGAUUGUCUGCGUCGACGAUAUUUACAAGAUUGAUUUCUAAUUUAUUUCCAUUUUGUUCUUAUUCAAUGAAAUUUAAUGGAUAAUAUUGGUAGCUAAAAAAUGCGUUUUUCUUGAGAAGCAUCAUAAUUAUAGAAUUGCUAUUUAUAGAAAAACAUAAUGGCACUUAAUUUGAAUAAAAAAAAUAUGUGCCAUUUUUUAGUAAAUGUUUAUCAGGAUUUUGCAUCAUCAUCCCAUCAGACUGAAUAAUUCAGAUCUAAAUCAAAUUAUUGUCUUUCAUUUUUGCGAUAAGAAAAAAUAUAAUGGUUUUGGUUAAGUGUGACUUGAUUAAGUAUUUUGUAUGACAUAUUUUUGAUGCAACCCUUGAAUAUUCAAAUGAACUUGAUAAUCUUUGUAUUUAUCACAUGAAUAAAAAUGAUUUCAUUUUUAGUUAAAUUUCUUCUUGUAAGGCCGAUUGGCCUUAAAAUGAGCUCGGCAGUGCCAAGUCGGAAGUAAGGAGCCAAGACCAACCAAUUCUUAUAAAGCACGGCUAGGGCUGAGCUCGAUUAGUAGUUAUAAAAGGAAGCAGGACUACUUUAUAAUAUAAUCAUUUAAAUGGUGACAGAAACACUGUUGCUAAUUUAAGUCAAAAAUUUACAUUGGCAACAUAUAAAAUAAAAUUUACAUACGAAAAUCGUUUUCUUUAUAUAAACGGAAUGAAUCAAGGGAAUAUGUAUAUUUUAAUUGUUUAUCUGUGUUACUCUAUAGUUAUAAGUAGUUAUAUUUUUGUAAUCGCAGGUAAUAUAAAAAUAAAAAUCCAUAUUGAAUUAUGUAAUGUGUGUACAUUUCCAAAUUGAGAACAAGUUUCAUUAUUUAAUUUCAUGAAUGAGUUGCAAUUAUUUAAGUAACCCCAUAAUAUUGACAGUUUCAUACUUUGAAUUGUAUUAUCAUUUCACGUGUGUUUCCAUGAUAAAUACAUUAUUUGCAGACU